AUUUUAUUUUAAAGAUAUAAUCUAAUUUGGAUAUUCAAUUUUAUUUCUUUUUUUAAAAGAUAUCAAAUUUCAAAUACUCAAUCACUAUUGGUUGGUGAACCUAGAGGUUCACCAUAGGGGGUGAACCCAAGUAUUUCUCAUUUUUUAAUAUGCAUGAAAAGACAUUUUUAUGAUACAAAGAGAGUAUGAUACAAGAGAAUAUCUCUUUUAUAUUAUUUGAGGAGCAUUAUAGAUAACUAACCUUUAGUUGAUGUGUUAUUAUCAAAAUUGCCAUUUCCUAUGUGGCAUCACCAUAAGCUCUCUCACACCCUCUAUUCAAAAACCCUUUGCUAACUAGACUAAUUACAAUAAUUGACAUUACUUGCCAUUGAUCAUUAGAUUAUAACUUUACUAAUAUACUAUAUGUUUCUUCAUUACAAUGACUAACAAAACAUUGACGUCCAUGUUUAAUGCGUUAUUAUUAUUAUUAUUAUUAUUUUCUAUACUUAAAAAGUUACUUAUAUAUGAGAUAACGAGUUUUUGGUACAUGGUCGACAUAUAUGUGUUAUAAAUUAUACUUCUUAUAGUUAAAUAGUUAAAUAAUAUAUAUAUAUAUAUAUAUAUAUAUAUAUAUAUAUAUAUUCACAUGAUCAAUUUAUAAUCAUGAUGUAUUGGAUUAUACCAUUAUGUGUAUAUAUAUCGGAUUUCAUGUAACAAAAUAUUACCGUUAAAAUUAAAAUAUCUAUGAUCAAAUUAAAUAGAAUGAGACAAAAAUAUUGUAUACCAAUUUAUAUAUAGUUAUACAAUUAUAUAUAUUGUAUAGCAUUUUAUAGAUAUUUAAACACAAUCUAAGUAUAAUGUCUACUUAUAGUCUAAUUCAAGAAAAAUGGCUAACUAUAGUGUCUACAAAUUAAUUAAAUGUCUAACUAUAACGAAAUCACGAUGACCUGUAUAAUUCCGUUUAAGGAUUUAUCACGUUUAAUGAUUGUUACGAAAUCACGUUGUCUAAUAGCAUUAAUUAAAAAAUACAAAUUCAAAUAUGGGUGAUAUUAAAGAAACAUGAUUUGCGAGCAAAAGCGUGAUUAAUGAUUGUUAAAAGGAAACUUCUAAUAACUUUGAUAUAUUUUUAAAUUACGAAUUUGGUAACAAGGCGUGGGCCAUUAUUUUGAACAUUUUUGGUAAUAAUAUAACGUCGAUCGUGGUUACAAAAUUGGAAACGACAACUUAACUUUUGUAUAUAAGGAAAUUAGAUUAUGCAUUCAAAUUAUUGUAAUUAAUUAAUAAUCAUGAAUUUUAUUAUUAUUAUUAUUAUUAAUUAUGUCAUAUAAAGGAAGUUUGAUUUAACUAUUUACAAAAUUAAAGUAAGUUGCGAUUACGAUUGGAGCGCAAGUUACGUGAAAUCAAAUAUGUAAUAUUUUCUUUAAUUACGAUGAUUAUUUUAUGUUUCAUUAACCCCAUGGACAAUGAUUUCUUAAUAUAAAUAUAUGUCUUCUACAAUUCAUUGACUCACUAUACCUCUUUUUAUUUGUUUCUUUAAAUUUGUUUCUUUCGUAUUUUAUUUUUCAAUUAUAUAUGUUUCUUUGAAUAUUAUAUCAUAAUUUUAUAUUAUGAAAUCAAUAAUUCUAUUUUCUAUGUUUUGUUUUGUCUUAAAUUCAUAAUAAAUUAAUAAAAAUUAUUGCAUACUAUUAAACCUAUUUUUUAAAUAACAUCAAUCUAAUUUACACAUAACCAAUUACACAAAACAAUUUUUGUAAAAAAAAACACGUAAGCUUACAUUAUAUAUACAUUCACACAUUUGUUAUAUAUAUAAAAUUUCUAAUAUAUAUAAAUUAAAAAAAAAAUUCUUUUGAUCACUCAUUCCGCGCAGGGCGCGGGUUAUCACCUAGUUUUACAAGUAUUCAAGAAAACAGAAAGCUAAAAAUGGUACUUAUCCGAUGUAACAUGGGGUUGAAAUAACACAAGUUGUUAUAAUUAUUGUUUUGCUAAAUUUAAUAGUAUCCAAAUAUAAAAGCUACUAUAGUAUUUAUUGAUUCUGUUACAUAUAUAUCUCAUUUAUGUUAUGCAUAAUGACUUUAUUAGUUUAUUAUGAUAAGUUAAUAAAGUCGACUAGUCGUUUUUAGUAAUUUAAGACGACAAAAUGAAAUUAGUCUGUUUACUCUUCAUAAUUUAACAUUAUUUAAUUAUAGGUUAAAAAAAAUUAUAUAACACAGUAGCUCUAUCUAAUUCGUCAAGAAAAUAUGUAUAUACGAUACAUUUUUCACAUGCAGUGCCAUUAAAAUUAUUGUGAAAUUGACCUACUCCCAUGUGGAAGACAACCCUUUACGAAUUGUCAGAUCUUUUCCGCGUCUAGGCCUCUAUUUUUCCGCGUCUCGGCCCAUUUUAAAAAAUCACAACAUACGUCGACAAUCAAUGUUCUUGACAUGAAAAAACUAACAAAUGCACAUGGAGAUGGAGGUCAGGUAGUUGGUAGUAUUCGACUUUAAGUAUGUUUAUUCGCUUUAGAAUUUUUAAGUGCAGGCAUUUGAUUUUAUUCAUUAAUGAAAAAGGGUCUAUUAUGGAAAGGGAGAUCGGUGAUUAGAAUUGGAUUUGAUUUGGUCUUCAAAUCAUAAAUUUAGACAAAAUCCAAUUUUAUUUGAUAAACGUACGUAAGACCAUACACCACAAACCAAAAUAUGGUUAACUCUACUCGUUACAGAGAAGACUACUUCGGUUAUGCCGGACCUAGAUUUGUUUUGAUGUUAUGUAGAGAGAUAUGAUUAAAGCCUUCAGGCCCUUCAUAUGUAUUAUCUAUGGCUAAUCUGAUAUAACUAUACAUCCAAGGUUCGUAACCCUUUCAAAUAAUAGUGGCAGCUUCCGCCAAGAUUUUAAAUUCUCAAAAUAUGGAUAGUGGAUUUCGACAACUGGAUUAUUAAAGGCCAAGACGACUUAUUAUAAAUUGCAUUAAAUUUACAAGUUCUCGUAAUUUUCAUUGAUUUCGUUUGGUCCCAAAAUUCAUGAACUGGAACAUAAUUAUUCAUAGUGAGCUUGCAAGAAGCUACCUACCCGUACUACGUUCACAUGUCUAUAAGUUCAUCAAUACCUAAAUAUAUCAAGUAAUUAACUAAAUAAUGUUACUAUAGUAUAAGCCACGAUAGUUAAUUUUAAAUUAUGGCAGCGAAAAAUGGAAUUUGAACUAGUAAGAGAUCACAAGAUGGCCAUUGAACUAGCUUCAAUAAUGUUGACUGGAAUAUAAAAGAAACAUCGUGAGCUGGUUAUUUAUGCUGAGGCAAGCAUGACGCAUUGGUGAUUAGAAAAACUUAUUGAAAACUAUCAAAAUCGUUUUUUUUAUUGUAAGAAAAUUUGGAAAGAAGCCUAUAAUAAUUUCCGGUUAGGGAUAAGAACCGGUUGUUGCUAGUUGCUAAAUUCUCUAUCUGCAACUGUUAAAAUUCGAACCUGACAAUGACACUUCUACCGUUAGAAGUAGAACAAAAGACUUUUAUCAGUAGAAAUAACAGUUCCAGGUAAAAACUAGCAUGUGCACUUGUACCAGGGCCGUCUCGAAUUAUUUAUAAGCCCUGUUCAAAAAAUAUUAAUGGUAUAUUUAAUAAUGUAAUAAAGUAGUUUUAAAAGUGUAUAGUUUUAUUUAUAUAUAUUUGACGUCUCUUUUGAAAUUAUAAGCUAGAAAUUUGUUGUAAAAAAGGCUCGAAAUUUAGUAGUAUGUUUAAAAGUUCUAAGUUUUAUAUCAUAAUCUAUAUAUUUAUUUUCAAAAAUUAUUAAUUUUUUUUGACUCGGCACUUUUCGACCGCUCCAUAUUUAUUUUCUUAAUUCUUAAUUCUUAUAUCUAUACAAUUGCUAUGUUAAAACUAGUACGUGAACUAUAAACUUACGUUUGAGCCCCAUAUAUAACAACUCAAAAAGCAUUUACUUUAUUCUUAUAUAUAACGUAUUUAAAAAUCGACCUAUAUUUUUUAUGAACUAAAAUUAUAUGUUGAUCGAUCCAUUAAAGAUUCAAAGACAUGCUUAUAUCUCUCCCUUCUCAGGCUGGUUUCUUCAUGUUUCUGCUUGAAUUGUAUUUUUGGUUUGUUACUUUUGUAGUUACCACCUUUCCUUUUUUCAUCAUUUUUUUUGUAAUAAGUUGUGCUUUAUAAUAGAAUAAAACUCAGAAAAUUGGUAUAAAGUUUAACGAUUAGACAAAGAAAAAACAAACAAAUCUUAGAAAACUAAAAAGAGAAUAUCUCAACUUCAGGUCCCUUUGUAUAGUCAUAUGGAUUCCAGUUAAAUCUUUCAAGUUAUUUCAAAGUAAAAAGGAAAUUUAUUUACAAAUAUUUUGUUCUUACACAAGGCAACCGUGAAAAGACAAAACACAUGCAAGAAAAACCAUAUUCCACCUAUGUGAUUAUGUAGUUUGCGAUACUUGUAUAAGAUAUAAACCGUGUUAUGACAACAUCUAAAAUAAUAAUUACGACACCAAUAAAAAUAAGAAUUCAGACAACACUUAGUCAUUGCUAUUGCUCCGGCGCAUAAGUCGCUUCUCUGCAUGUUCUCUCUCUCUCUCCUCUCUCUCUCUUCUCUCUCUCUCUCUCUCUCUCUCUCUCUCUCUCUCUCACUCUCUCUCUCUCUCUCUCUCUCUCUCUCUCUCUCUCUCUCUCUCUCUCUCUCUCUCUCUCUCUCUCUCUCUCUCCUUCACAAUUGUAUAUAUACACACAAACCCACAUAGUUUCAUGUCUCCUUCUUUUUAUAUAUCAUUGAAGCCAUAUCAAUGGGGAACUGCCUGAGACACGACAAUGGCUUUGCUGGAAAAGAGAAGGACAAUCUCGAACCCGAGCUCCCGGUUGAGUUAUUGGAAGAAGGUAAAGGGAGUAGCGGUGAGGAAGGAGGAAGUGAAAGAUCAACACAAAAAGAGUCUAAGGUGGUGAGGAUCAAAGUAGUGGUGACAAAAGGAGAACUUAGACAAAUCUUGGGCCACAAAAAAGGUACCAAUUCCAUUCAACACUUAGCUCACGUUCUUAAAGAUAGUGGCAGAAACAUCUCCAGGGCUUAUGAAGAAGAAGAAGAACAAGGUGAUGAAAAUUGGAGACCUACGUUAGAAAGUAUUCCUGAGAAUCAUUAUUGAAAUUAAUCUUAUCAAUAUAUUCAACUAAGAGUUCAGUUUUUCUUACCUUUUCCUAGACGGCUGUUUAUUAUGUUGUCUAUGAUUGCUCCUUUUUAACCAAAGUUGUCUCAGGAACAUUGGUUUUCUUUUCCUUUCCUUGUUUUUUCCCCAGGAUAUUUGGUGCUUUCUGUUUUUGUUAGAGCACUAAUUAACUAUUACAUGUCAUCAUGUGUUGUCUUAUUUAGUUAAUGAAAUGUGACAUUUUAUAUA